ACCGACGUCUUUGUCUAGCCAUUGAGGAGGUAAUGCAAGGACUGUUUUCCGAAUCUUGUCUCUAGAAAUAGAUGAAACAGUCAACAGGGUUUUUUGAUGAAGUUUUCAUCCGGAUAGUAUCUUCUACAACCAGAAAAGGGUUUACAAGGCCACAAUGUUUUCAUGUAUAUGGUAUAUAUUUGUUCUGCUGAUGCUGCCUGCUGCGUGGAGUCAGAGAGCUUCAACAUGGGAUGCUUGUGGAUGCAGCUGGGUAGCCUGGCAAGAAUGGGCGAAAUGCUCGAAGCUCUGCUACGGGAGGCAGGUGAGAGAGAGGCAAGUGCGAGUUCUUGACAGUUGUGGGACUUUUAGACACUGUGAUGGUGGAGCCGGCGCCUAUGACUACCGAGACUGCAACACCCACUGUACCUUCGGUUCGUACGACUCCUCCUACGGCGGAUGCAGGUGCCCGGCAGGAAGAUACGGAACAUGCUGUGAUAAUGUUGUUACCUGCGGUACGCCACAAACAACGUCUAACGGUGCCUACACCGUCAGCGACAGCUACGACUACGGCAGUGUGGCCACAUACACAUGCAGCGACGGAUACAAUAUGACUGGAUCGGCCACAAUGACGUGUUCAACAUACGGCAGCUACUCCACAUAUGGCUACUGGACAGGGUCUACGCCAAGGUGCCUAUUCGCUGAAUCCUGCAACAGCAACCCCUGCCAGAACGCAGGCACGUGUGUGAACGGCCUGGACCUGUUCACGUGUAUGUGUCCACCUGGGUGGUCAGGGGUCAACUGUGAAGAAGACGUCCAGCCCCCUGUAAUGAGUGGCUGUGAAAACAGGACAGAUCUCAAUACAGCUGACCACGAACUGACCCAUGAGUGGACAGUGCCAACCUUCACAGACCCACUUGGUAACGAAGUCACAACGACAUCCAACUACAUCAGCAACUCCUCCCGCUUCCCCUGGGGCGACUUCUUCGUCCAGUACGUGGCCACCAAGGCAAACAAUGGUUUACAGAAAGAGUGCAAGUUUCAACUCAGCAUUAGACCUUUUCCAUGCGAUAACUUGUCUGUCCCCGAGUUUGGUUACGUGGCCUGUAACGGUUGGCGACCAGACUUUGGACAAUAUUGUUUGAUUGGCUGCCUGGCGAACCGAACCCUACCACGUGACAUUGAUGGCAGCCAAUGGUAUGCGUGUGGAGCAGGCGGAACCUGGUCUUCAAACCCAGGAAUGAUCCAGUGUGAAGAUAAGGCUGACCUCAUCGGUGCGUCUGGUGGCAUCCUCGGCAGUCCGGAUUCUUGUGAUGACGUCAGUGCCGUAAAAGAACAGUAUAUCUCAUCACUGAAGAAUUCGGAUUUUAACACUGCAUGUCUGAAACACACCGAUCUGUGUGUACCUGGUAAUGUCAACAUUCGAUGUUGAUAGAAAACGGACUUUCUAACAUUGUUAUUAUUAUCAGGAUAGCUCUGGCUUCUUGCCCAAACGUGGUAGGUCCAGUAAAGUUCAGUUGCACUGUCAGAUAUAUAGCUAAGUUAGUCAUGAUAUCCUUUGGCAUAUAAUUUAAAGACCUCAAUGGCGCGUGAAGAAUAUUGAGGAGAUAAUGGACUUGCUCUUCAUACUAGGGCCCGUUCGCAAUUUAUAGGUAGGGCGUGUAUGUACAAAAUUGCUGACCCCCCUAGUAUAUGGGCAUAAAAUUGAUGACCUACCCCCCCUAGUACCUUCCCAGAAUAAAUGGGCGACCCCCUUAAAACCAUCACGCACGCACGCACGGACACGCACGCACGCACGCACGCACACACACACACACACGCACACACUAGCCAUAAAUUAUGAACGGUCCCUUACGGUGACGGAUGGUCACAUUCAGCCUUCGAGUUAAACAUAGGCAUUUGCUAAAACUGUCCGGUAAUGAAAAUACGCUGAUAACAAGCACAGGUCAUGGUCGUAUCUUAUCAACGAAAUCGAUUGUCUCAAUUUACACACAUGCUUCUGAAGUAGCCGGAAUAGUGCAACGGACUCUAUAUGUUUAUAUGGAAAUUGUUUUGCCGUUUAUAUAAUUAUUCAUAUCUAUGGUACUCUUUGUGAAUAUGAGAUUGUGAUUAUGAUUAUGAUGCCAUAGGGCCGUUUUCUUGUGAUCAUUGACAAGAUUGAAUGUAAUAAACAAUACAAAAUGCAUUCA